AUGGUGCACCAUCAGGGAGGCAGGGCUGUGACAACGUAUGUCAGCGUGGUGGACCAUCAGGGAUGCAGGGCUGUGACAAAAUCCGUCAGCGUGGUGGGACAUCAGGGAAGCAGGGCUGUUACAACGUCUGUCAGCGUGGUGGGCCAUCAGGGAGGCAGGGCUGUGACAACGUCCGUCAGCGUGGUGGAACAUCAGGGAGGCAGGGCUGUGACAACGUCCGUCAGCGUGGUGGAACAGCAGGGAGGCGGGGCUGUGACAAAGUCCGUCAGCAUGGUGGAACAUCAGGGAGGCGGGGCUGCGACAACGUCUGUCAGCGUGGUGGAAAAUCAGGGAGGCAGGGCUGUGACAACAUCCGUCAGCGUCGUGGAACAUCAGGGAGGCAGGGCUGUGACAACGUCCGUCAGCGUGGUGGAACAUCAGGGGGGCAGGGCUGUGUCAACGUCCGUCAGCGUGGUGGACCAUCUGGGAGGCAGGGCUGUGACAACGUCCGUCAGCAUGGUGGACCAUCAGGGAGGCGGGGCUGUGACAACGUCCGUCAGCGUGGUGAAACAUAAGUUAGGCGGGGCUGUGACAACGUCCAUCAGCAUGGUGGAACAUCAGGGAGGCGGGGCUGUGACAACGUCUGUCAGUGUGGUGGAACAUCAGGGAGGCGGGGCUGUGACAACGUCCGUCAGCGUGGUUGGAACAUCAUGGAGGCGGGGCUGUGACAACGUCCGUCAGUGUGGUGGAACAUCAGGGAGGCAGGGCUGUGACAACGUCCGACAGCGUGGUGGAUCAUCAGGGAGGCGGGGCUGUGACAAAGUCCGUCAGCAUGGUGGAACAUCAGGGAGGCGGGGCUGUGACAACGUCUGUCAGAGUGGUGGAACAUCAGUGAGGCGUGGCUGUGACAACGUCUGUCAGCGUGGUGGAACAUCAUGGAGGCGGGGCUGUGACAACGUCCGUCAGUGUGGUGGAACAUCAGGGAGGCAGGGCUGUGACAAUGUCCGUCAGCAUGGUGCACCAUCAGGGAGGCAGGGCUGUGACAACGUAUGUCAGCGUGGUGGACCAUCAGGGAUGCAGGGCUGUGACAAAAUCCGUCAGCGUGGUGGGACAUCAGGGAAGCAGGGCUGUUACAACGUCUGUCAGCGUGGUGGGCCAUCAGGGAGGCAGGGCUGUGACAACGUCCGUCAGCGUGGUGGAACAUCAGGGAGGCAGGGCUGUGACAACAUCCGACAGUGUGGUGGACCAUCAGAGAGGCAAGGCUGUGACAACGUCCGUCAGCGUGGUGGCCCAUCGGGGAGGCAGGGCUGUGACAACGUCUGGAGGCAGGUCUGUGACAUUGUCCGUCAGCGUGGUGGAACAUCAGAGAGGCAGGGCUGUGACAACGUCCGUCAGCGUGGUGGACCAUCAUGGAAGCAGGGCUGUGACAACGUCCGUCAGCGUGGUGGACCAUCUGGGAGGCAGGGCUGUGACAACGUUCGUCAGCGUCGUGGAACAUCAGGGAGGCAGGGCUGUGACAACGUCCAUCAGCGUGGUGGAACAUCAGGGAGGCAGGGCUUUGUCAACGUCCAUCAGCGUGGUGGACCAUCUGGGAGGCAGUGCUGUGACAACGUCCGUGAGCAUGGUGGAACAUCAUUGAGGCGGGUCUGUGACAACGUCCGUCAGCGUGGUGGAACAUCAGGGAGGCGGGGCUGUGACAACGUCCAUCAGCGUGGUGGAACAUCAGGGCGGCGGGCUGUGCCAACAUCCGUCAGUGUGGUGGAACGUCAGGGAGGCGGGGCUGUGACAACGUCCGUCAGUGUGGUGGAACAUCAGGGAGGCAGGGCUGUGACAACGUCCGUCAGCGUGGUGGAACAGCAGGGAGGCGGGGCUGUGACAAAGUCCGUCAGCAUGGUGGAACAUCAGGGAGGCGGGGCUGCGACAACGUCUGUCAGAGUGGUGGAACAUCAGUGA